GAGCUCUCAAAAGUAUCCCUUAUCGGCUUUCAAAUUUCUCCCUUUUGUUUCCGUCUUGUAAGUUCUAGGAAUCGAAACCUAACUCUCUCCCAAAGAAAUGGCACCGAAGGCGGAGAAGAAGCCUGCUGAGAAGAAGCCAGCGGAAGAGAAGAAGACGGUAGCAGAGAAAGCUCCGGCGGAGAAGAAACCGAAGGCCGGAAAGAAGCUACCAAAAGAGGGUGGUGCGGCGGCCGGAGACAAGAAAAAGAAGCGCGUGAAGAAGUCCACGGAGACAUACAAGAUCUACAUCUUCAAGGUCUUGAAGCAGGUCCAUCCAGACAUCGGGAUCUCGAGCAAGGCAAUGGGAAUUAUGAACUCCUUUAUAAACGAUAUUUUCGAAAAGCUUGCACAGGAAGCGUCGAGACUAGCAAGGUACAACAAGAAGCCAACAAUAACUUCGAGGGAGAUCCAGACGGCUGUGAGAUUGGUGUUGCCAGGAGAGUUGGCGAAACACGCUGUGUCCGAGGGGACUAAGGCGGUGACCAAAUUCACUAGCUCUUGAAGCGGUUCUGAAUAGCAAGGGACUGUUUUGGUGGUUGGUAGUGAAUUAGGGUUUGUUGUGUGUAUGUGUUUUAGGGUUAGGUAUAUGUUACUAUUUACUAUUUCUAGUGUUUUUUUCUUCGAAUUCGAUUUGGGUUUAUAGUUGAAGCUUGGAUUUUCUCAAUCCAAAUAUUUCUAUGUUAGAAUUAAAAUACAAAAAUCGAUCAAUUGUGUUCUUCAAAAUUGACUUGUGAAUGUGAUUUUAAUCUGAGAAAUAUGUAUUGAACUUCACCGUUUGGUCC